AUAAUAAAAUAACCAGUUUCAGUUCAAUUUAGCAUACAUGGUACAAAGAAACGUGUAUUUAUAGGGACUUCUAGCUGAUAUAAGUGAGCUACUCUCAAGUUAGAACUGCACAGGGCAUUUCAGGGGAAAAUAUAAGUAUUUUUAGGGGAAAAAUAAUAUAUAUUUUGGACUAGGGUAAACAGCCUUUAAAUUCGACUGUAAAAUACUUGGAAAAACACUGCUUUGUCAUAAAUAAGCCAAGUGUAACGUACAAGUGAUUGUAGCAAUGGGUAAAAAGAAACGAAAACAGUUUUUCUUCGAUGAAGAUACUCCUCAUGGUUUAAUAAAAAGAGUUAUGUUGAAGAAAUAUCUCCAAGCGUAUAUUGCAAAGACUCAAGCGUAUAACGCAAAGACACAAGACGAACUAUUUAACCUGAAAACUGUCUAUAUAGAUGCAUUUGCCGGAGAAGGUCGCUAUGGUAGUAACUGGCCGACUGAAAUAGAAAAAUAUGGAUCGCCCCUUAUUGCGUUGAUGGUAGUUUUAGAAUUGUACUAUAAUCGAGAUAUGAAAAAGCAAGGAGGAAAAAAUAAAGACGAGCCAGAAGUGACAAAUACCUUUGGGACAGAAGUGUUGGAAGAUCAGGAAACUGGGUAUAGUGAGGCAGCUGAAAUUCUUGGCUACGUGUCGCAAGAAAAAUCAGACAUUGAACAGGGUGGCAUAUGGGGUUGGACAACUUCACAAGUAGAAGCGGAAGAAGAACUUGCGACUAAACUAGAAACACGGAGUCAGAGACGAGAUAUUUUGAACAAAUCUGCAAACAUAACUUUGCAACUUAUUGAGAAAGACACUGCAAAAUACAUGAAACUUGCUGAAAAUGUAGAACUGUUGAUUAUGAAAUUUUUAGAAAGACACUAUCCAGAAUACGAAUAUGGAUUUUCUCAAGAGGAGAAGAGCACAUUGUUUGAUAUAAAUACAGGUUACUUCUCCGUAAGAGUCGAAGUUUACAACCAAGCAUUUGCAGAUACAUCAGCACCACAGAUGCUUCGGGAUCCAUCUGUAAGAAGUCUUACAUUUCUUGAUCCUUUUGGUUUCAAAGAUACACCAAUGGCUCAUGUUCAACAAUUUGCUCCAGGUCCUGGAAAUGAAAUAUUGAUCAACUUCAUGAGUAGUUUUGUAAACCGGUUUGUUUCAAAGUCUCAUGAGCAUGUUCUGCAGCUGUACGGAAUACCCCUUGAGGUUGCAAAAUAUUAUGGCAUUGAUCAGUCAGAUGGAGAAGAAAAUGAGGAUAAACUUGUAGAAUUUGUGAAGCGUGUAAUUCACUUCAGCCAGCCACAGAAGGAAUGUGAAUUUAGUAACAACAUAAACAAAUGUGCGCGCAAUUAUGAAGCUUUUCUUAAAAAGAAAAUAAAUUGUAAAUAUUCAUCGCUAUUUGAGCUCAAGGAUAAGCAGAAUACAACACUAUUUCACAUGGUUCAUGUAACAAACCAUGUUCGCGGUAUAGAGGCAAUGAAGGAAUCGAUGAACAGAUGUAGCCAGAAAGAAGGCGAAAUGGUCAUGUCUGAUUAUGAUGUUUUUUGUAAGGGACAAAACCUAAAUUUUGUAAAUAUGGAUGACAACGAAAAAGUUGCAGAGAUGAUUUAUAGUCAAUUUAGAGGAAAGGAGCGUGUACCAAUAAGCGACAUCAACGAUUAUGUUUUAUUAGAUACAAACUACGUAUUCAGAAAACGUCCAUUGAAUAUACUGCAAAGGUCGGGAAAGAUAACAACAGCAGUGGACAAUUUGAAAAGACCUCAAAAAAGCAAGGGUAGGUUCCCUGAUCGAGACAUAGAAACGAAGCAAGAGCUGACUUGGUAUAUUUCAUUUGCCGACGAGGAAUUCAGAAGUGAAUCGGUUGACGGUCCAGACGUCAAAAAACAAAAACUGGUAAAGGAUGUUAAAGAAAAGAAGGAGAAAAAAGAAAGGAAAAAGGGAAACAAAAAGGGAAGGCGAUCAAGCACACGGGCAGAUGAACGAGAAGAGACCAGCAUGUCAGAGAAAAGCAAAGGACAUAGAAAAAGAAGAGGCUCUAAAAAUGUGAAUAAUAAAAAAGCUAAGAAACGAAAGAAGCUUAGUCAUGUUGAACUUGGAGAUAAUCAUGUAAAUGUAAAUAACAAUGGAGCUUCAUCUUCAUUGGUAGGGGAACUCGCUAAAGACGCAAAUGGACAUAUAUUUGUACCUCCAACACACGAACAAACAAAUGAAAGACAAGAAGAGAAAGAAAAUAGUGUUAGAAAAUUGCGCCAAUGUACAUUAACUGAAACGCUCCAAAUAGUAAAAGGGGAAAAGGAGACAUAUACAGAGAAAUCAAGCAAACAGCAGGAUAAGAAAAAGAGGAAAAGAAAAUUAAGCCCUUCGUAUGGAACCUUGGAUCGUUUUUUAAAAAGCUAGAAAAAGAUUCGCAUUGAAAUCAUUGCUUGGAAGCUAAUAUCGAAAAGACACUCCAAUGCAAUCUGUUUGCGAGUAUGUUUGCUCAACUUGUUUAGCAUUUAGAACUAUUUUAUGCUUAAAUGUGCUGUUUUUUCCUCUCUAGAAAUAUAAGGAAAAAAAUAAGCCAAAAUGAGUCACGUCACAACUUAAUUUACUAAUUCAUAUACAUAUUUUUACAAAGAAAAUGUUUAAUAAAACUUAUUAUAGCAUGUAUGCAAAAUUUCCUCUUUCACUUUCAAAAUGUUAUUGAACCGUUGAGGUCCAACAUUUUUAUUAAAUAAAAAAACAUUCAAUCCAGAAAAUUUUAAUUCAUUUAACAAACAUUGUAGAUACUAAAAGAAAGUUAAUUAAGGGACUCCACUGAAUUUUAUUUUGAUGUGACGAGUUUGAAAAUAUUUUUCAAAGAUUUGUAUAGGUCUGAGCAAAAAACCUUGGUGCAAAUUUCAGAUAAUUCCUUUUCCCUGGUUUUUCCCCAAUAAUAAUUUUUAUUGCGCAAAAUGACUCUUAAAUGAAAAGCGAUGCAACGCCUUUCACUCAAAUCCGGCUAAGAAUCGCCCAGAUAUCGAUUUUCAUUUUGAUUCUGAGCAUAUUUCUUUAUUAUUUUUCGAUUUUUUUUGUAGUUUAAGUGCUUUUCUUAAAUCAAUAGAGGAUAUUCAAGUUUU